GAGGAUCGGAGUCGAAGUUAGCGCCGAGCACUUGCAAGAAGGUCAGGAUCGAGGAACGAGCUUGAGGCUUGAGCGAGAAGAAGUCGAAGGAGGAGAAGAGGAAGAGGAAGAGGAGUAGGGAGAAUGGCAGCAGGUUCGGAAAGCAUGUCUGUCACGCAGCAAGGGUCAUCAGCCUCUCAGUCUCAAGAUGUUACCAUGUCGGACGCGGUACCAACGCACUUCGCACAACCCCAGGAUGAGGCCAUUUGGACAGCAGCUGAGAAAGGCGAUCGAUCAUUCUUUGAUACGCUGUCGGAGCCGCAAAUUCUGAAAGCGCUCACUCUGAAAAAUGAAGACGGGCGAUCCAUUUUACACGUAGCGGCUGCUGCCGGACACUCGCAGGUUGUGAGUCUGCUGAGCGAUGGUGUGGAUGCAGCAGUAAGUGGCAUAAACGCAGGUGACGAUGAGGGUUGGACUCCACUUCACUCUGCCGUUAGCGGAGGAAAGGCUGCUGUUGUCGAAGUCCUCUUAGCAUCAGGAGCGGAUGUUAAUUUGGCUAAUAACGGGGGUCGAACUGCUCUUCACUAUGCUGCGAGUAAAGGUCAUAGCGAUAUAGCUAAUAUGCUAAUUUCGAAGGGAUCAAAGCUGAAUCGGAAAGACAAGGUGGGUUGCACUCCACUACAUCGUGCGGCCAGCGCAGGACAUUCGCAGGUGUGUGAGGUGUUGAUCGAGGAGGGCGCAGAUAUAGACGCAACAGACGUAAAUGGACAAACACCUAUCACGCUGGCUACUAUCUGUGACAAUCGCCAGGUGGCACUUCUUCUGUUAAGAAAUGGAGCAGAUCUUGAUAUAGAGGACACGGAAGGAUACACGGUUCUGGGUAGAGCCAACGACGAACUUCGGGCUGUUCUUAUUGAUGCUGCCAAAGUCAUGGCGGAAGGUUAAGAAAAUUGUACAUUUUGAUCAGCUCUUUUUGUAGAUAGUAUGAGGACAGUUUGUAUAGUCAGUGAGAGAAUUUAUAUAAGUCGUAAUGGACAGUAAUGAAGAAGAUACUGCAACAAGCACACCAAUUUUGACACUGUUGAGCAUCGGA